UUUCUAUUAUUGUAUUUGGAAUUUCCUGUUAAAUCGUGCAUAAAGAUAUACUGAAAUGCUGUGCAUUAAUAAGCUUUGCAGGCGACAUGGCUGCCUUUCAAAUCCAAUUUCAAAUAUUCCAACCUACAGAUGUAGAGAUCGGACAACACUGUGGAAUUAGUAACAAACCCAUUGUGUGUCAGGGGAAGGUGAGAAGAAAUGGAGAUGUUGUAGCGGUGAAGAAUAUUAAACAUGUACAGCAAGGGGAACUGGAUAUCUUGAAACUGCUACAGCAUGAUCACGUCGUCCGACUGCUCGGCACGAUCGAGAGUGACGGGGUAGUGCCGACGCAGUUAGUGCUAGAAUAUUCACCGCACGGGAACUUGUAUGAAUUCUUGCAUACAGCAAUCGAAUUUCUACCGCAUUUUCUCUCUUGGUGUAAACAAGCAGCGUGUGCUGUUGGGUACAUCCACCAGCAGAAUAUUUCACAUCGUGACAUCAAAUCAAAAACUUAUUUAGUUUUUGGAGAUGUAAUUAAGCUCACCGAUUUUGGAAUCUCGAAAAUAACAAAUGACAUCACCGGCACGACACAUGGAGGUACAAUUCUUUGGAUGUCACCUGAAGUCCUGGGUGAAAAUGACAACGUUGAUCACUUCAAAUCCGAUAUAUAUUCUUUAGGAAUAGUCUUGUGGGAAUUGUACCACCGGAGGAUACCUUAUGAUAAAUGGAAGUUGAAAGAUAUAAUCCAGCAUGUGAUUAAUUAUAAGGGUAAUCUAGAAAUUGAUGAUGGAUGUGAUAUCAGCGGGCUGUUGCUAAGCUGUUGGGAGUAUGAGCCAACACAGAGGCCAACAGCAGAUGAGAUCCUGAAGUCACUUAACGAAAGAGGGACGUCGACUUACAGAUACAAUAGAAAUUCAAGGCAAACUGGGCAAAACAAAUUUUAUAAGGUUGAACACGUAGUCGAACUACAAACACCUGAACCGGCUGCACAUCCGCAACCUACGUCGGUUGGGCCAACUACGACAGAGCCCCGCCGAGAUUGGCAGAAAGAAGGUCGUAACCAGAUAAGAAGUCAGAAAAGAAAGGAAAAUAAACAUGGAAAGGUGACAAUUUAUGACCGUGAAUUCAAGUUCCGUGCACGAAUGAAGUUGUUCAAGUUCUAUUCAACUGCCACUGACUGUACUUCUGGGGUAAAUGCAGAUGCUGGGGGAUAUAAAUCGUUGGGAGGAGCAAACGAACAUGCUAUCGAAAACUUGAUCAAUAAACUCUUGGCGGAAAAGAUAAUCAGCAACUAGACAGAGACUAAAAAUUGAAAAUUUUUAGCUCUAUUUGCCGAAACAAGCUCAGUGCCCGGCUUUGAACAAUUUUGUUCUGUAGAAAAAUUUACCUUUCUGUCCGGAGCGUCAAACUUCGCAACUGAAUAGGCAUGGGCGUCGAUUGGUGGGGAACAUUGGGACAGGGAGACCGUCCCCCCCCCCCAC